AUGGUGAGGAGUGCCAAUGAGAGCAGCUUGACAGGUUUCAUUCUGUUGGGAUUUUCUGACCAUCCUCAGUUGCAGAAGAUUCUAUUUGUAGUCAUCCUGAUCUUGUAUUUACUAACUAUUUUGGGGAACACCACCAUCAUUUUGAUCUCUCGCCUGGAAUCCAAGCUACAUACACCAAUGUAUUUCUUCCUCUCCCAUCUCUCUUUCCUAGACCUCUGUUUCACCAGCAGUGUUAUUCCCCAGCUGCUGAUAAACUUGUGGGAUCCCAUUAGACCCAUCAGUUACGGAGGCUGUGUAGUUCAACUCUAUGUCUCCUCAUUAGGAUCCACUGAGUGUGUCCUCCUGGCUGUGAUGUCCUAUGAUCGCUAUGUAGCUGUCUGUCGUCCUCUCCAUUACCUAGUCUUAAUGCAUCCCCAUCUCUGCAUGACCCUGUCAUCUGUGGCAUGGCUUAGUGGAGUGGCUACCACUCUGGUACAAUCCACUCUCACCAUGCAACUACCCUUCUGUGGGCAUCGCCAAGUGGAUCAUUUCAUCUGUGAGGUCCCUGUGCUCAUCAAGUUGGCUUGUGUGGAUACCACUUUCAAUGAGGCUGAGCUCUUUGUGGCUGGUAUCCUCUUCCUGAUAGUGCCUGUCUCAUUCAUUCUGUUCUCCUAUGGCUACAUUGCUCAAGCAGUGUUGAGGAUCAAGUCAGCUGCUGGGAGAAAGAAGGCAUUUGGGAUCUGCUCCUCUCACCUCAUAGUUGCCAUCAUCUUCUAUGGAACUAUCAUCUUCAUGUAUCUGCAGCCAGUCAAGAGUCAAUCCAAGGACCAAGGAAAAUUUGUUUCACUCUUCUAUACUGUGGUGACCCCCAUUUUUAAUCCUGUUAUUUAUACUCUGAGGAACAAGGAAGUGAAGGCAUCACUAAAGAAAGAAUUAGGGAAGAUUCUGGGAGUAAAUUUCACCUGA